AUGGCCAGGCUGACCGGUGCCCAGCCCGUGGCCACUCGCUGCUGGGGCUGUGCCACCGCUGCCUUCCUCCUCCUCCUCCUCCUCACUGUGCAAGCUGCCCAGAAAGCCGACCUUGCUGGCGAUGGCCCUGCAGCCACCAUCAACCACUCGCUGAUGCUGCUGCAGCGGCUGCAGGAGCUGCUGCAGAACGGCAACGGCAGCGACACGGUGCUGCGGGUGCGCACGGCUGCCUCCGAGGAGGCCAAGGUCUUCCACACCCAUCAGCUGCUGCUCAGCCUCCAGAGUGAGGUCUUUGAGAGCCUCCUGCGCAACCAGAGCGUCAUCACCCUGCAUGAGCCGCCUGAGACUGCUGCACUUUUUGAGAAGUUUAUCAGGUAUCUGUACUGCGGGGGGGUCUCCAUCCUGCUGCACCAAGCCAUCCCCAUGCACCAGCUGGCCAGCAAGUACCGGGUGUGGGGGCUGCAGCGUGGUGUGGCCGAUUACAUGAAGACACACCUGGCCAGCGAGUCCAGCCAGGGCCAUGUGGUGGGCUGGUACCACUACGCCGUGCGCAUCGGGGACGGGGCACUGCAGGAGAGCUGCCUCCAGUUCCUGGCCUGGAACCUCUCGGCCGUGCUGGGCAGCGCCGAGUGGAGCUCGGUGAGCGUGGAGCUGCUGCUGCUGCUGCUGGAACGCUCUGACCUGGUGCUGCACAGCGAGCUGGAGCUCUACACCGCCGUGGAGAGUUGGCUGAGCCGCCGGCAGCCCGAGGGGCCCGUGGCGGCACGGGUGCUGCGUGCCAUCCGGUACCCCAUGAUCGCUCCCAGCCAGCUCUUCCGCCUGCAGGCGCAGUCGGCGGUGCUGGCACAGCACUAUACCGCCGUGCAGGACCUGCUCUUCCAGGCUUUCCAGUUCCAUGCUGCUUCCCCCCUCCAUUUCGCCAAGUAUUUUGACGUCAACUGCAGCAUGUUCCUGCCCCGCAACUACCUCGCCCCCAGCUGGGGCUCCCAGUGGGUCAUCAACAACCCGGCCCGGGAUGAUCGUAGCACCAGCUUCCAGACCCAGCUGGGUCCCAGCAGCCACGAUGCCGGCAAGAGAGUGACCUGGAACGUCCUCUUCUCGCCGCGCUGGCUGCCCGUCAGCCUGCGCCCUGUCUACUCGGACUCGGUCUCGGCCGCCGUCCAGCCGGUGCGCCUCGAGGAUGGUCGCCCGCGGCUGGUCAUCACCCCGGCCAUGAGCAGCCCCGACUUUGCCGGUGUCAGCUUUCAGAAGACGGUGCUGGUGGGCGUGCGGCAGCAGGGCCGUGUCCUGGUGAAGCACGCCUACAGCUUCCACCAGAGCUCCGACGAGACUGCCGACUUCCUCGCCCAUGCCGACCUCCAGAAGCGCACCUCUGAGUACCUUAUCGACAACUCCCUGCAUCUCCACAUCAUCAUCAAACCUGUCUACCACUCUCUCAUCAAAGUGAAGAAGUAACAAGGCAGAACCAGGUCCUGACACCAGACUGUCUCAGCCCUGGCUGGGGGGCUCCCCCUUGAUCCUCCUGCUUCUAGGUAGAUGGAGGUCCCCAUGCUGGGGGAACCCAGGACUGCUCUCCUCCACUCAGUCCUCCCUGGCUGUCCCCUUGCCACGUCCCACCCUCAUUGCUGUCCCUGGGUGCCUUCAGGGACUUGGGGAUGUGGGACACUGGGAGCCACCCUGCCCUGUGCAGGUGGUGCAGGAGGUGAAAUAUGCAGCCCGUGGGCACAUCCUGGGCUUCCAAACCCCAGCAGGCAAGAAGAUGUGAUGCUGCCCCUGUGAUGCCACUCUUGUGGCACCAAACUCCUACUGUGUGAGUAGUGAAGCCAUGGCACUGGGUCUGGCUGUCAGAAUGGGCAGCCUGGCAGCAGUACCCUGGAACUCAGGCUGCGGUGGGUGCCCUGGCUGCCUCCCCGGUGGAGGAGGCUUGGAGGGCACUGUUCCUGCUCAUGGUGGGCAGCUGCCCCACCCCUGCCCAGCACCUGCCACAUCCUUCCAAAUAAAAGCAG